AUGUCCCAACCUGUGCUCACGGUGGUGGCAGUGUGUCUUGGCUUCAUCAUGGUCUUGGGGUUUCUCAACAACCUGUUGGUGCUCGUGAUGUUCUGUAAGUUCAAGGCGUUGAGGUGCCCGAUCAACAUGUUGCUGAUGAACAUCAGUGUUAGCGAUAUGCUUGAGUGUGUUUUUGGGACGCCACUCAGUUUUGCUGCCAGUUUGGAGGGUCGAUGGCUCGCAGGAGAGCAAGGUUGUAAAUGGUAUGGAUUCGCAAACUCUCUUGGUAUAGUCUCUCUUAUGUCACUAUGCUUCCUUUCCUACGACCGGAGUUGUACAGUGACGAAGUGUACCAAGGGUGCCUCUAAUUAUCAGAAGGCGUGGUUGGAAGUUGGCCUCACCUGGUUGUACUCAUUUCUUUGGACUAUGCCCCCUCUCUUUGGCUGGAAUGCAUAUGGCCCUGAGGGGACAGGAAUCACUUGCUCCGUUCACUGGAAAGCCCACACCAGGGGUGGAAUGUCCUAUGCCAUUUGUCUGUUCAUCUUUUGCCUGGUUCUCCCCAUCUUUAUCAUAGUCUGCUGCUAUGGACGGAUCCUUUAUAAGAUAAAACAGGUGAGUAGAUAUCAAAAGACUGCAGCCCGUCGAAGAGAAUACCAUGUUCUUUUCAUGGUGAUUACCAUGGUGGUCUUUUUUUUACUUUGCUGGCUGCCAUAUGGAGUUAUGGCACUAAUUGCAACCUUUGGUAAAUCAAACUUGAUAACACCAGCAGCCAGUAUACUUCCAGCCAUCCUGGCAAAAUGCAGCACUGUCUACAACCCUUUUAUCUACAUCGUCAUGAAUAAGCAGUUUAGAAGUUGUAUUCUUUAUCUAUCUUUGUGUUUUUCCACAACUGUACUAAAUCUCACUCAAUGGCUGCUUUCCACCUUGCAAGAUGAUGGUUUGCUCUGGUCAACUCUGUGUUAA